CCCGGCGGCUCCGGAGCGGAGCGGAGCGUCCUCUGCUCCCGGUGCCGCCGCCGGUGCCGGCGCGAUGGGCGCGGGGCGGCUCUGAGGGCGCCAUGGACCCGCGGCGCCUCAACGAGUCGCUGCAGGAGCUGCUCUGCCGCCCCGGGAACGGCUCCGGCUCCGCCACCGGCACCGGCACCGGCUCCGCCGGGAACGGCUCCGCCUGCGACCUCCUCCGCAGGGGCCUCCGCGGGCCCCCGGCACCCAAAGACCUGGACCUGACGGUGCGCGUCCUGCUGUACACGCUGAUCUUCGUGCUGAGCGUCUGCGGGAACGCCCUGGUCGUGGCGGUGCUGCUCCUGAACCGCCGCCUGCGCACCGUCACCAACUCCUUCCUGCUCUCCCUGGCGCUCAGCGACCUGAUGCUGGCGCUCUGCUGCAUGCCCUUCACGCUCGUCCCCAACCUCAUGGGCACCUUCAUCUUUGGAGAGGCCGUCUGCAAGCUCAUGGCCUACCUCAUGGGCGUCUCCGUCUCGGUCUCCACCUUCAGCCUGGUGGCCAUCGCCAUCGAGCGGUACAGUGCCAUCUGCAACCCGCUGCAGUCCCGCGUCUGGCAGACGCGCUCGCAUGCCUGCCGGGUCAUCGCCAGCACCUGGCUCUUCUCAGCGCUGCUCAUGCUGCCCUACGCCGUCUACAGCACCACGCGCGCCAUGCCCACCCGCGGUGCCCGCCCGCCCGUCAGCCAGUGCACCCACGACUGGCCCAGCGAGCACGUCCGGCAGGCCUGGUACGUCCUGCUGCUCCUCAUCCUCUUCUUCAUCCCAGGCGUGGUGAUGAUCGUGGCUUAUGGGCUCAUCUCCCGCGAGCUCUACCGAGGCAUCCGCUUCGAGCUGGACAUCAAGGGGGAGGCUGCAGCCCAGCGCAACGGCGGCGGGGAGCCGGUGCCCGCCUGCGACGAGGGGGAUGGCUGCUACCUGCAGCUCUCCCGGCCGGGCGGCGCACUGGAGCUGCGGGCGCUGGGUGCGGCGGGCGCGCAGCAGGACCGGGCGCGCAUCAACAGCUCGGAGGCGAAGCUGGUGGCCAAGCGGCGCGUGAUCCGCAUGCUGGUGGUCAUCGUGGCCAUGUUCUUCCUCUGCUGGUUGCCCAUCUUCACUGCCAACACGUGGCGCGCCUUCGCCCCACGGGCGGCCCAGCGGGCGCUCUCGGGGACCCCCAUCUCCUUCAUCCACCUCCUCUCCUACACCUCUGCCUGUGCCAACCCCCUCAUCUACUGCUUCAUGAACCGCCGCUUCCGCAAAGCCUUCCUGGCCACCUGCGCCGGCUGCCGCCGCGCCUGCCCGCGCCGCCCGCUCGAGGAGGAGGUGGCCAACGCCAACGCCUCGCUCUCCAAGUUCAGCUACACCACCGUCAGCAGCCUCGGCCCCCCCUGAGCCGGCCGCCCUGGCCCCCACUGCCCCCCCGGGCUCUGCCCGCACCCCCCAUGCCCCCGCGUGCCUCUGUACCCCCCUGUGCCCCCCCUGCCCCAUGCCUGGCACAGCUCAGAGCACCCCCAGCCUCCGGGACCCCCCGUGCCCCCUCCCCCCGCUGCCCUGAGGCCUCACCAGCCCCCGCACGGC